UAAAUAAAAAAUUCACAAUUCAAAAUUGCAUUAUAUAUAUAAUUAUUUUGGUGUUACGUACAGCAUAAAUUAUUGCUAUAUAUUUAAUUUUGAAACUUUAAGGAAAAUGAGUAUUAUAUUUUCUUUUCUUCCUAAGUGUUUUUUUCUCAAUGUACAGAAAAAGUAACUAAUUUCGUGAGAGUUUCUUCAAUUUUUAACUAUGACCAAUGGUAUCAAAUCGCAAAUAUUUUAAUUAUUAUAUGCUGCUAAGUUUGUCAUUCAUUUUAGGAUGUACUUUUACAUUGUUACUUUUACAUGCCAACACAUUAAAAUUAAACACCUCACCUGGUAGACCUAAUUACAGAGUACUUGUAAUUGUUAUUUCAGCUUUUGAAAAUCAUGAUAAACGAAUUGCCAUUCGUGAGACUUGGGCACAAACGAAAGAAAAUAUCAGAGUAUUAUUUAUACUCUCUAAAAACCAACAUAAUAUAUCUUUAAAAAACAUGCUGGAAAAUGAGAAAUCAAUUUACAAUGAUAUUUUAGAAGUAAAUGUUCCUGAAACAUACAAUUCACUUAGUAUUAAGUUAUUAGAAGCAUUAAAACAUAUUGAUAAUCUUGAUUUUCAAUAUUUGUUAAAAUGUGAUGAUGAUUCAUUUGUGGAUUUAACUGGAAUUGUUCAAGAAUUAAACAAAUUGCCAAAAAAAAAACUGUAUUGGGGAUAUUUUAAUGGUAUUGCAAAUGUUAAAAAAUCUGGCAAAUGGAAAGAAAGUGAAUGGAUAUUAUGUGAUAAAUAUCUUCCAUAUGCCUUAGGUGGUGGAUAUGUUAUAUCAAAAGAUUUAGUUAGCUAUAUCAUUAAAAAUCAGAAUUAUUUAAGUUUGUUUAUCAGUGAAGAUGUCACUGUUGGAGCCUGGUUGGCUCCAUUAAAUAUUACAAGAAAACAUGAUCGUCGAUUUGAUACAGAAUUUAAAAGUCGUGGUUGCAAUAAUAAGUAUUUAAUUACACACAAGCAAAGUCCUGGAGUCAUGAGAUUAUACUGGUCAAGAAUACAAAAUACUGGUAAAAUGUGUGAAAAUGAAUAUAAAAAAUUUAAUUCAUAUGAGUAUAAUUGGACAGUACUACCAUCUAAAUGUUGCCUGAGGAAUUCAAUUUUAUCUCCUUAAUUUUUAAAUUUAUACUCAUUUAUUCGUUUAACAGAUUAUAAUUAAAAAUGAAACAACAUUAAGAAAUAAUUUGAAAAUUAGUAUAUAAUUUUAUUUUUUUAAUGGCAGUAGAUACUAAUAAAUAUUUAAAGAUAAAUAUAGUACAGUUAAAAAAAAAAAAAAAAAUUUAUAUAUUGUACAGUUACAGUUAUUUUAUCUUUGAACAUAAUUAAAAUGAACAUACACUGUAAAGAAUCAACUGAAUUAAUAUUUUUUAAAUUUAUUAAAAAUUUUAUAAAAAUUGCAAAAUAUUUAUAAUUUUUGUUACUAUUUCUUUUUACGGUCAGUAAUACAUUUUGGACAAAACCAUUUACCCUUUGGUUUUGUAGUUAACUUUACACAAGCAAAGUGGAACCAUUCAAUUGGACACUGAAAAAAACAUAUAUUUUAUUAAGAAUUUUUGUUCUAAUAAUGUAUAUUUAUAUUUUCUUACAUCUGGGUUAUCACAUCCAAUCAUUUCACCGUAAGAUACUUGAUUACAUAAACAAUAAGUUGGUUCAUUAGGGUCAACUGGCAUAUCUAAGACUUCAGCAGAAUGUGCAACUCCAGCACCAGUUAAAGCACCAACCAAUGUACUGGCUUCAGUUGUUACACUAGCAACACUAUUAACAGUAUUUGCAGGAUUGGUAACUGCACUAAUUGACGGAGUUUUAUUAGGCACUGAAUUUAGUAUCUUAACACCACCUGAAAUAAAACCAAUAAAUGAUGCCUAUUGUUAUAAAAUUAGAUAGUUUUCAUAAUACUUUUUUUCAAUUGCUUCUUUUUGGAUGCUUUAAUAGUUGAUUCUUCUUCACUGGAUGCACUUUUUUUUUUUAUUUCUUUAUCUUUAAUUUUUUUACGACCUCCUAUUAGAAAUAAAGGAAUAGUUAAUUAAAUUUAGAUUUAAAAAAGAAAAUUUUUUUGAAACUAAUGAAAUCUAGAUAAAAGAUAAACAAUAUCAGCUUGUAUAAUAACUAAUAAUAGCAAUAAAAGGAUGAAGUGGGGUGUAAAUGUAAAUAAAUGAGGUAAUUUUAUAUUCAUCUUUUCUCUGAUAAUAUUCAGCAGAUAUUAUUUUAGAUUGAAAAGUUGUGGUCUUUUAUGUGUUUUAUCAUAUUACAUGAACAUUCAAAAUAAAAACAUGCAUUUAUCUAAAAAAAUAUAUUUACAAUUAUUAAAAUCGUUUACAAUAACUUCACUUCAUCCUAAACCAAUUGAUUAUAAAAUUUACAUUUUGUGUCAAUUUAUUCAAUAAAUGGUUUUCUAAAAAAUGACCUAAUUAUUACUAAACAAAUUUAAUCUAUUAAUAUUAUUGUUAAAAUUUAAUUAACUUCAAAAAAGAUAAAUCUAAAUGAGAAAUUUUUUUUUAAUGUAAUAUCAGUUAUCAUGGUUCACUACAAAACAAUAAUAUAAUUAAAUAAUUGAUAAAAUAUAUUUUAUUAAUAUAAUAAUAAAAUUAAUAUAAAUUUGUAAUCAUCAAAUGUACUUUUUUGUGAGCACUCUUCAACGUUUCUUGUUGCACUAAUAGCUUUAUCUUGAAUCUCUGCUUCAAAUCGUGCCAGAUCAGAAUCUAAUUUUCUAAUAUGCUUGUCAACCUAUGAAAUUAAAAUAUUUAUCAAUUUUAAGGAAAAUAUACAUAAAUCAUUACA